AUGGCAGCAGAUCCCGCCGCCGCCGCCGCUGCCCAGCAGGUGCCCAAAAGAGAGCCGCCUCCGCCGCUCUCCAUCGUCUCCGCCCUCCCCUUCUGGUUCUACCUCACCGCCGCGGUCUCCCUCCUCGCGCUCCUCCUCCCCCACCUCCUCUCUCCCCACGCGUCCCCUCCCCUCCCGCCGCUUCUCCGCCGCCACCUCUCCGACGGCCGCCUCCUCAAGCUCCACCCGGGCCCCGACCUCUUCGCCCUCACCUCCCUCCCCGCCGCCACCUCCGCGCCCCACCACCCCGUGCUCGUCCUCCCGGGCCUCGCCGCCGGGUCCUUCUCCUUCCGCCGCCUCCUCUCCUCCCUCUCCUCCCGCGGCCUCCUCGCCGCCGCCAUCGACCUCCCAGGCCAGGGCCUCUCACCACCACCUCCUCCUCCCCCUCCCCGCACAAACCCCCUCCGCGAAAUCAUCGACCGCGGCAUCUUCCACGCCUUCGAGCACCUCGUGGAGACCGGCGAGGUGCCGUUCCAGGACGAGCCUGCCCCCGACGCGUCCCACUCCUUCUACUCCGCCGCCGAAGCCGCCGCGGCCUCGGCCCGCGCCGUCGACGCGCUCGGGCUCGGGCCCGUCCAUCUCGUGAUCCACGACUCCGCGCUCGCCGCGGGGGCCGCGCUCGUAUCGGCCAAUCCGGCGGCCGUGCUCAGUGUCACCCUAAUCGACACCACCGCCACUCUGCCGGCAUUCCCCUCCGCGGUCCUCGGCGUGCCGGUGCUGGGGAGGCUGGUUCUGUCGGUGCCGGCAUUGUUCAAGGGGUUGAUGCGUCUGUGCUGCGUACGGGGGAUGGACGCCCAGGAGGCCGAUGCGCACAGGGCGGCGAUGCGUGGGGAGGGUAAGAGGGAUGCGGUGUUUGAGGCUGGGAAGGCCAUGAACCAGAGCUUUGACCUCAGGGAGUGGAGGGCCUCUUCAGAAGAGGUCAAGAGCCUGCCCAUGAUGGUUCUCUGGUCUGGUUCUUGGUCAGAUAAGUGGAUCGAUGAGGGGAAGAAGGUCACCGCCGCGUUGCCCGGCACCAAAUUCGUCUACCAUUAUGGCGGCCGAUGGCCUCAGGUGGAUGCUUGUGAGGAAAUCUCAAAGCUGAUAUCAGAGUUUGUGGCCUUGUUAACAACAACUGCGACAGAGUAUGGGUCGCAAAAUAUCAACCAAUCUUCUGACAAAUCAACAGAAGCUCACAGCGAUCAUCCCGCUUCAUGAAAACCAUAACUAUCAGAUUCAUGGUUAAAAAUGCCUUGCAAGUGAAUUCACAUGGCUCGGCCAAAGUGUUACUCGUCUUGGACCGUCCAUCAAACUUAUAUGGGUUGACAGUCGUCAUGUUCCUAUCAGGUUUUCCUUUCGUGUAUGAUAUCAUCUUCCCGUGAAAGCUGGAACAAGUUCACCCGUAGGCCUGUUUUGUCCAUCUUUCAGGUUUUGCUGUCAAAAUGUAACUUGAGACUCUUUGGCCUUAGAGAAGUUUGUGUUAGGGAAUCUGUCAGAA